AUGCCUUUCAGCGAGGCUGAGGUUGAAGAAGAGAGAGCACAUUUUGCAAAUGUCGUAUCGACAUUCCAGCAGUAUGCUGCAUAUUCGUUAUCCGCCAAUAACAGGCGGAGAAAGGAUUUUUUCUCUCUUCCGAGAGCUGACCAAGAACUUUUGGAAAACUUAGGCUACAAAGAAAAGCUGGCAGCAGUUGACCAUGCUAUUCUGGCUAAUGCAGAGUUCCUCAGCCUCAUUGUCGCCGAUCCUGAGAUAUUCGGGCAUGACGUUGAGAAUGACCAUUCUCCGGAUGACAGCAAAUCUCAUUCGCUUCAGCCGCAUCAGGGAAUGCCAACGUCGCAUGAGUACACGCGUGCGCAUUCACAUUCGCAUGCCCAUGGUGCACAUAGUCAUUCGCACAACAACACUCAACCCCCACAUCCCAUGAUUGACGCAGACGUGGAUCAGCGCAAACGUAAGCGAUAUCGGCCGACCGAUUUCGAUAUGGACAAGUUGCGCAGUUCAUUAAAGCAAUUCGUUCGUGAUUGGAGCGAAGAGGGUCGUGCAGAACGAGAAAUCUGCUAUGCACCGAUGAGAGAGGCCCUUCUGAACCAUUUCUCGGACAUUCCUGAAGAGGAACGGCAAGUCCCCUCACCAUAUUCUUUUGGAAACGAGUUCUCGCACUACAUGCUUCUUGCAUCCUAUUUCGUUCUGAAUAGAACUGACGAGAUAGAAAGUCAUACUCUAUAUCCCUAUGUCCAUUCGUUUUCCAACCUCCCCAAUAACACUGCCAUGCUACGUCCUAUCCGCAUACCGGAUGUUCUUCCAUCGUCUCUGCCUCCUGGUAGUAAUUUUUCUCUGGUAGCUGGUGACUUUGAAGAAAUCUACGGAGCAGAAGAUAACGAGGGUGAACCCCCGGCGGGGGAGUGGGAUGCAGUCCUGACGUGCUUUUUCAUCGAUACUGCAAAAAAUAUCGUGAAUUACCUACGUAUCAUUCACCGCAUCCUAGCACCAGGUGGAGUCUGGAUAAAUCUCGGUCCCCUUCUCUGGCACUUUGAAAACAACUCAACAAAUGAUCCAUCUAUCGAGCUCAACUUAGAGGAAAUCAAGACCUUGGCGCGCAAGAUUGGUUUUGAAAUUUCGAACGAGCGAAUAGUUGACACGACAUACACAAACAAUGCACAGAGCAUGCUGGGCUACAUAUAUCAUGCGGGUUUUUGGACGGCUACAAAAGUUGUAUGA